ACCCUCCUCCCCCGCCGCCCUCCCGUUCGUCUCUCUCGCCGCCUCCGCGCCGCCGCCUCCUCCUCCCCUCCCGCGCACCCGUAGCCGCCGGCGCAGCAAGAUGAAGACGAUCCUCGCUUCCGAGACCAUGGACAUCCCCGAGGAGGUCACCGUCAAGGUGGCGGCCAAGGUGGUCACGGUGGAGGGGCCGCGGGGCAAGCUCACCCGCAACUUCAAGCACCUCAACCUCGACUUCCAGCUGCAGGAGGGCGGCCGCAAGCUCAAGGUCGACGCCUGGUUCGGCACCCGCCGCACCAUGGCCGCCAUCCGCACCGCCAUCUCCCACGUCCAGAACCUCAUCACCGGCGUCACCAAGGGAUACCGCUACAAGAUGCGCUUCGUCUACGCCCACUUCCCCAUCAACGCAUCCAUCACCAACGCCAACACUGCCAUAGAGAUCCGCAACUUCCUCGGCGAGAAGAAGGUGAGGAAGGUUGACAUGCUUGAUGGUGUGACCAUCUUGCGUUCUGAGAAGGUCAAGGAUGAGCUCAUCCUCGACGGCAAUGACAUUGAGCUCGUCUCACGCUCUGCCGCCCUCAUCAACCAGAAAUGCCACGUGAAGAACAAGGAUAUCAGAAAGUUCCUGGAUGGUAUCUAUGUCAGCGACAAGGGUGCCAUUAACGAGGAGCAGUGAGCUUAGUUAUCAACUUAGUCAGUAGCUAAAAAUGCCUGCUCUGUUUUUAUCAUCCUUUGGAUUGCAAUUUUCUGAGACUGAACUUUGUACUGGGUUAGGAUGUGUCAUGGAGCAUGCUAUCUUAUCCUAUAUAUCGUUGUCUCUGUUUAAGAGUGUGAACCUUGUUUAUCAUCCCCUAAAGAUAUUUGACUGCAAGCAUUGGUGGUUGAAACGAAGAUGAGAGUUAUCUGAAUUUUCUUGUUCAA